AUGCAGGAAGUAAUCACAUCACCCCAUUUCAAACCGGAGGAGAUUCGAGGCAUCGACUUCAAAAGAUUGGACAAGUUGCUGGAUGAAACACCCCUUCCGUGGCAGGAUCCUCGAAGCGGAUGGAAGGAAUCCUCGAUCACUAUUGGGAUUCCGUCAGGGAUCAAGACAACCAACGCGGUUCGCAGAGCUGAUGCCGCCACUGCUCGUGCCGCUGCGCGCUCCGAAACGUUGACUGAAGAGCCUCCCGAGGUCCUCGUGGAGGGCAUUCCCUUUGCUAUACCUGGUUUCUGGCAUCGGUCUAUCCCCGGCGUCAUCCGUGCUGUCUUUGGACACGAUGCGGCAUCCAGAGAUUUCCAUUUCCAUCCUUACGAACAGUUUCGUACGAAGCCCGACGCCUCCGGAGAGCCUGAGGCUGAGCGCAUCUUUGACGAGUUAUAUACCUCUCGCGCGUGGCUGGAAGCAGACGCUGAAUUACAACAACAGGCGCAGGAACCUGGGUGCACCCGCCCAAGGGCGAUAGCUGCUAUUAUGUUGGCAUCAGACAGCACACAUGUUGCUCAAUUCGGGCAAGCUAAGUUGUGGCCGGCAUACAUGUAUUUCGGGAAUCAGUCGAAGUACGUGCGCUGUCAACCCCAGUCUCACGCUGCGCAUCAUAUAGGCUACUUUCCCUCUGUGAGUUUCUCUGCUGGACCCUGCUUUGUAUUCGUCUUACGUUCCGGUGCCGCCGCACCCCUGUUGGCCCAUUGCCGGCGAGAACUCUUCCAGGGCGCCUGGAAAACCCUUCUCGAUGAUGAGUUCAUGGAAGCGUACGAGCACGGCAUCGUGAUCACAUGCGUCGACGGUAUAGAGCGGCGCAUAUUCCCGCGCAUAUUCGUUUAUUCGGCUGAUUAUCCGGAGAAAGUGUUGAUUGCCACAGUCAGGGAUAUGGGCCAAUGCCCGUGUCCAAGAUGCUUGGUCACCAAGGACAAGCUGGCUGACCUAGGUUCCAAGGAAGAUCGAACAUUGCGACAGCAGGCUACCAGAACAGACGACGAUGCGCGGCGUGCUAGGGUUCGUGAAGCACGUAAGCUCAUAUAUGAUGCAGGAUACGUAGUCAACGGGGACAGGGUAGAGGACGUGCUCAAGGCGGAGUCUCUCGUGCCGUCACAUAACACCUUUUCCGCCCGGCUGUCUGCCUUCGGCUUCAAUUUCUUUCGUAUGCUGGCUGUCGAUCUCAUGCAUGAGUUCGAGCUCGGCGUUUGGAAGGCGGUUUUCACGCACCUUAUCAGAAUUCUCGAGGCACACGACGUGAACACAGUAAACGAGCUGAACCGGCGGUAA